UUAAACAGCGGUUGGUUUUGCUGCAACGCAGCUGCUCAAACUAACGCAAAAUGAGAUUGACUUAACAAUCUAGGCUACUAAUACAAGUGACUACUGAUACAUUUUUAUUGGAAAGUUUGAAUUUAAAGAUAAUAAACUCUGAAAACAUCUGGGUGUUAUUUACAAGAAAUGUGCUCUGCAAAGAAAAACAAUUUCAAAACCCAUCCAGAUGGCGGAUGGGGUUGGUGUGUUGUUGUUGCAGCUUUUAUUACGCAAUUUAUAGUUGUUGGUCUUCAAAAUUCAUCAGGUGUCAUAUUUAACGAGCUGGUACAAAAGUUUAAUAAACCUAGGGGUGAGACAGGAUUUGUGAGCUCAAUAUCUGUAGGAAUGAUGUUUAUACUGGGACCAUUUACAACUUCCCUAUGCCAGAAGUUUACUUGCCGCAGAGUUUCAGUUUUGGGAGGUUUUUUAUGUAUUUUGGGAAUGAUAGCUUCGGCAUAUGCUAACACAUUAGAGCUUAUGUAUAUUUCAUUUGGUGUAGUAUGGGGGCUGGGUACAAGUUUUUGUUAUUUUCCCGCGAUGAUAGUGUUGGUACCUUAUUUUGAUAAGCGUCUACCGUUAGUGACUGGAAUUGUAUCUUCAGGUAGCGGGUUUGGAACUUUAGUUCUUAGUCCUUUUAUACAAUGGUUUUCACAUCAAUAUGGAGUUAAAAAUGCAUUUUUAAUGUUAGCUGGACUUCAUGGCUUAGUUUUUUUUGCAGGAUUUGUAUAUAAACCAGUAGCUAAAAAGUAUAAGUUUCGACAAAAAAAUAAAAAUAUUUGUAUUGAUUCUGAAGACGAUAACAAAGUUUCUACUUUGCAUGAAAAUAGUUUUCAAGCUGAUGAAAAAAGAUGUUUGACGCCAAUAAAAAAUAAAAUAAAAAUAAGCAAAAAGAGAAAUUUCUUGAACUCUGAUGUUUUCUCAUUGUUUAAAAACAAAUCUUAUCUUGCAUGGUGCUUCGGUUUAUCAAUAUUUAUACUAGGCUACUUUGUUCCGUUUGUGCAUUUGGUAAGAUAUGCAGUUUUAAUUGGAAUUCCUGAAGUAAAAUCUGCAUUUUUAAUUAGCACGUUGUCAAUUUCAUCUACAAUUUUCAAAUUGAUUACUGGGAAGUUAGCUGGAUUAAAAUGUGUGAGCAAAAUGCAGAUUUAUCAAUUCGGUCUUCUUACAAUGGGAAUUGGAACAACAUUAAUUCCAAUUUCACAUUCAUUUUAUGGUCUUAUGGUUUACUGCGUUGUAUAUGGAUUUGGUGAAUCUGUAUUCAUUGUUAUGAUUCCUCUUAUUACUAAAGAUAUUGUUGGUGUCAAAAAGCUUCCUCUAGCUCUAGGUUGUGUGUUUAUGAUUAUGGGAGUUCCAACAACAGUGGGUGCUCCAAUAGCUGGUUGGAUCUACGACUAUUUUAAUGAUUAUUCUUAUGCAUUUUUUGUGGCUGGAUGUAUGAACGUCGUUGGAGUUUUGAUCAUGUUUUUGAUUGAUUAUUUUGGAGAAAAGAGCAGUAACGAAGAAAUUCUUAACAAAGUCACAAAGAGUUGGCUAAAGAAGCAAAGAAAACAAUACAAACACCCAGAAUCAAGUAGUGCAGUGCCUUUUGUUAACCAUCAAUAUUUUGAACCUAAGCGAUCAAUAUUUUAUAAAGAUCUUAACACAAAUAAUUUCAGCGAACUAUCGAUAAAUCAGACAAAAGAGAAUAAUACCAAUAAUUUAGAUGAUAUUAAAUAUUAUUUAAAUUUAUCUGAUAGCAGCAAAAAAAGUAUAAUAACAAAUGAAACAAACUAUAAGCGACAUUUAUUAAAAAGAAUAAAUGAGACUUCAAUAUCAACCUACUCUAAUAAACUUACCUUAAAAAAAGAUUAUAAAAAAACUAUGUUCUCAGGACAAACAUUUAAAAAAAAUAUUCCUCAAAUAAAAAUCUCUUGCUCGUCGAGUAAAAAUAGCAUAAGCAAAGAUUUUAAUAAUGGAAAUGACCACACAAAAAACAGAACUUCAAUUAUUUAUGAUUAUUAUGACCAUGAUAAAGCUCUCAUUAAAGUAGAUGACGCUGAGGAAAUUUUAGUUGUUCAAUCAAUGAUGACAGCAGUUUAAAAUUAUUGUUAGGUUAUUAACGCUAUAUUAAUUUAUAUAUGUGCAAAAAUUAAAGGACCCAAAUACGUCUUUGCCAUUUUCUGGUACUUUUGUGCAUUUCAUUACCUGAUUAAAGUUGGCGGAGGCAUAAAUCUCUAAAAUCCAACUUUAAUAUAUAAACUGUUUGCAUUAAAACCGCCUAGCGUGUUAUGAAACUUUACAAAUUUUAUGGAACAACCACCUAAGUUUCAGACAGGUUUUCUUAAACUUAGUUAUCAAGGGCUUUGUUUAUGGUACGUCAUUGCUCUGAGAAAUUUUUCGUUUUUUAUGAUACUGUAGAUUUUAUCCUUAAAACUGAACUAAACAAGUAAAUUUAUUAAAAACGUCUACCUAAUAUAUUACAAAUGUCUACCUAAUAUAUUACAAACAUCUACCUAAUAUAUGACUAGUUAUGAAGAACAUUAUUAUCUUUAGGGAGAUAAAUACUUUAAAAUAUAAAAAUGUAUGAAUUAUUUUCUCCUACUUAAUUGCUAA